CAACGAAAAAUUAACUGAGGCAAGUUCCACGGUUUGCCUCAUACUAGUUUAGGCCGUGGACUGACUUAACAUAUUUUUGCACAUUCGUUCGGUGACUACAGAAUGAGGGUUCUUCAUCCUAACCAGAAGAAUAUUUAGCGCUUUUACAUUGAAAACACACCACUCUUGUGCAUUAUAUCGGCAUUCAUUCUAUAGUAACCGAAAUAUUGUACGAAAAUGCAUCUUUUUCAAGUGUUCAUGGCUCGAGUGUCCUUAGAGCAAUUAAGCAAAUACCUGCUUCCACAAUUUUCAAGUAUUUUCACUGUGAAAAGUCAGAGGUUAAAAAUCCUAAAUAACUGUUAUUUUUAGGGAAAAAAUGAGGUUACAUGAUAUAACUCUCCUCAAGCGAAAUACAAAUUUUACCCUCAUUUUAAAACCCGUAAAUUUUUAAGAGUACGAUCAGACUAAACUCGUGGAUUAAGUUGAUCAGUGUCAAUCGUAUUGAAGUCGAAACUUAUUUGCUUUAAUCGGUGUUUCGUUCUUAGGCAUUACAGCUCUAUCUCUUGUCUACGCCCUCCAACUUGCAGUAGAUACGUCACAAUAUGGCGUCAGGCAGUGCUCAGAGGUUGAAAAUGAGAUGACGUCCGUAGAACGUGUCAUAACAUAUGCUAACCUUGAGGAGGAACCUGGGUAUGACUGUGAUCAGCAGCUUCAAGACAACUGGCCGGAACAAGGUCGGGUACAAGUAAAGAAUUUGGACCUAGUUUACUACGAGGGUGGACCAGAUAUACUGAAAGAUGUCAAUUUUAGUGUCGAUUCGCAGGAGAAAAUAGGAAUUGUUGGUCGCACUGGAGCUGGCAAGUCGUCACUGGUUUCAGCUCUGUUUCGCAUGCCUCAACCGACUGGAAAAGUCAUUAUUGAUGACGUUGACAUCGGCAAGAUUAACAUCCAAAGUGCUCGCCGAGCCAUGUCAGCCAUUACCCAGAAUCCUAUUCUGUUUACUGGUUCACUGCGCAUGAACUUGGAUCCUUUUGAGAAGUACGCUGAUCAGGAACUCUGGGGUGCAUUAGAAGAAGCUAGUCUGAAGACCAUGGUGGAAAAUUUAUCGAACCAACUGAGUGAGGAGAUUAAAGAAUGUGGAGCAAACUUCAGCGUCGGCGAAAGACAACUUCUGUGUCUGGCUCGCGCUUUAUUGAGGAGAAGCAAGAUUAUCAUCAUGGAUGAAGCAACCGCAAAUGUCGAUUAUAAGACAGAUCAGUUGAUUCAAGAAACUAUACGCACAAAAUUUAAGCAUUGCACCGUGAUUACAAUUGCACAUCGAUUAAACACCAUCAUCGAUUACGAUCGAGUCUUGGUUCUGGAAAAUGGACAAGUUGUUGAAUACGACAAACCAGAAAUCUUACUGCAGAACGAAGGAGGGCAAUUCUCGAGGCUUUACCAUGGAUAUGGUAACAGUUCCAAUGAUAGUGUAGAACAAUUGUGAAGAUAACCUUAAUUUUCGGAAGCAGUUAUAGUCGUCGAUACUUUUCUUUUUACUUUCUCAUUCACACGCAUAAGAUUAAUUGAGUGAAGAUUAUUUAGCUCCUUAUUUAACUCAUGUGGUAAAUAUUUGGGAAGUGUUUGACUCGCUUUGUUUCUUUCUUUCAAUUUCUUUAUUCUGAGACUCAAAAUUUAUUCACUGAAUAUGUUUAAAAAAUGGUUUGACUGAGUUGCUCAGCUAGGAAUACUGUAUUAUAAAAAGUAGCAGCGCCCGGGAGACAGUGCUCCCUUAUAUAUAUGGGCUGUAUAAGUAAGUGCAGCCCGAAACCGUAUGGUUUUUCAGCCGUUUUGGCCAUAAAUCGCGGGGCAUCGAUUUUGGCCAUUUUGGUCAUAAAUAGGGUAUGGUUUUUAACGCUGGUCUUCAAUUGGGUAUGUUUAUUAGAGGAAGCUACUUUUUCAUCUUUAUCGAUAAGACCAUCAACAAAAGCCCUUCAUAAACUAUGUUCAGGGUAACUGUACCAGCCGCAACGGUCCUAAAUAGGGAAUCCAAUUUUUUUUGUCAGGUCAUGAAUGGGGUAGGGGAAAUCGCAGAAUUUGGUCAUAACUACGGUAAAGGUUUUGGGAAGCGAGCCGCACACCCCCACCCGAUUUUUCUGCGAGUACCUCCUGAGUAGCAGCGGCAGGCCGCAGCAAUAAAACCAUUAGUAUUACCUGAUUAUCACUACUGUUAGUAUUAUAAUGAAAACUGUAACAAAAUUCACGAGUCUGAUUGGCUCUCAACAGGUCCGAUGUUAGCCCAAAUAGGAUAGUGCAUGCGUCAUGCUUGUAGGUCAUCACAUUUUGUUACGGUUUUGAUUAAUUUAUAGGUGGCCGUACUUCGUGUCGUCCCAUUCUUUUUAUAAUUAACUCGUGAUAAAACGAAUAGGACUCCCGCGCGCGGCGCGUUCGUCCGAUUUUGUCAAUCAUUCGUAUAAUUACAGACCGAAUUGGACUUCACUCAGUCCUAUCACUAUUGCUUACAGCUAUAGUACUAACAGCAGCAGCAGAAGCGUUUGCAAUAUCAGUAGCACAGGUAUUUGCAGUAGUAGCAGCAAUCGCCGUAGCAGUAGAAGUAGCAGAGGCAGUUGCAGUAGCACAAGUUUUUGCAGUAGUAGCAACAGAAGCUUUAGCUGUAGCAGAAGCAGAAGCAGAAGCGUUUACAGUAGCGGUAGUAGUGGUGGUUGUGGAAGCGGUACAGGCGGUAGGUAACAACUAAUAAGAAACAAGAGAGAAUAAAGGUAAGAGAGUUCAUUCUUCAUAUUUUUAGGCCUUAUUCUUGAGGUAAUCAUGCUCAAGCGUCUUUAAAGAUGUAGCCCAAUUCUCCGGCGGAAAAUGUAAUCACCGGUGUUGCGGGGAUGUUUUUGUGCACGAUGAAAUUAAAAUGCGUGGAAAGCCGCUUGUGAUUGGGCUGAACACGUGAGCGAAAUUUGCGACUCAUGAUUGGAUAUUUCUGGGCCCUCCAUGGGAAUUUCGAAAUCGGGAGUGAUCUAAAAAUAGGAGGGAUUACCUUCGGAUUACCUUCAGAAUAAGGUCUGUAUGGGGAAUAAACUGCGUUAUCCUUCAUCCUCUUCUGUAAUAAACUCAUUACACACCUGUUUUACAAGGAUGCCGUGUAAAUAUCCAAAGAUAUAUCAUUAAAGGAGCGCUCUGGCUUUAAA